AUGGCGGCCUCCUGUGUCAAUGUUUAACAUUUUAGGUCGUGUGUUACGGUAUAUUUACUGGACAUUUUAUAGGAUACAUCAAAGGGUAUAAGUAUCAGAUUAAGUAGGGUGAUAACAUUAUGUAUAAUACUUAUUUCAGUUAAUGUGACUGUCGACAGCGAGGAUGAUAUCCAUUAUAAUAACAUUAGGUUCUGUAAAUAUGGAUGGAUAGCUAGCUAACAGUUACAUAUCUAAUUUCAUCAGUUAAUGUAAUUUUCCUGCCACCGUUUAGUUUAUUUAUUUAAUCGACUUAGCUAUCUAUACUAGCUUGUGUCAACCUUGGAUAUAGACCUGUCAAGGGUUUACUUGAUAUUUGUUUAAACUUUAAUUAGUAAAAGACCUUCAGCUGUAAAGAUGACAGUAAUUUGGUCUCGGCUCUCGUGCAUUGUUUUGCUAAACCGUGGACAGAGGAACAUAAGUCUUUUCUCCAACACAACGCCUUCUAAUUGGAAUAAAGUGGUCUCGGAUGCAGAGAAAAUAGUGGGUUAUCCGACUUCUUUUCUGAGCCUACGCUGCUUGCUGAGUGAUGAACUCAGUAAUGCAGCAAUGCACGUGAGGAAACUGGUUGGAACAAAACACCCGUUACUCAACACUGCAAGGGGCUUUGUCUAUGACAGUAGAAACAACCUUCAGAUGAGGGGCCUGGUCGUCCUACUGAUGUCCAAGGCAGCCGGUCCCAGCCAGCACAAAGCCUCAGACCUCCUCCCCCAGGACAUGAUCAGUGGCAUCUACCCCAGCCAGCGGAACCUGGCUGAAAUCACAGAGCUCAUCCACACGGCUUUCCUGGUGCACCGUGGGAUUGUCAACCUCAAGGAGUGGACCAACUCAGACGGACCCCUGAAGGACAUGCAGUUUGGAAACAAGAUGGCCGUUCUCAGUGGGGACUUCUUGCUCGCUAAUGCCUGCACCGGACUGGCCCAGCUAAACAAUACUAAGGUUGUGGAGUUGAUCUCAAGUGCCAUUGGUGACUUGGUGCAGGGAAUCUACCAUGAGAUGCCCAACAGUUUGGAGGACAAGAGCCUGACUGAUGACAUCAACAUGGUUACGUGGGAGGAGCAGAGGUUCUUGUCCCAUGGUGCCUUGCUGGCGAAAAGCUGUCAGGCAGCGAUGGAGCUCGCCAAACAUGACAAAGAUGCCCAAGGACUGGCCUACAAAUACGGCAAGCAUCUAUCACUGGGCCACAAGUUGAACUCUGACCUGCAGCCAUUUGUGAAGAACAGUUCAGCAGGCCCAGUAACAUUCAGUUUGAACUCUGCUCCUGUGGUUUUCCACCGGCAGAUUGUGGGGCAGGAGAGAUGGCGUCAUCAGCUGCAACAGGCAAAAACUAUUGGAACUAUUGACUAUACAAAGGAAAGAAAGUGGUGGACAGGGCCUUUCUGGGAAGUAAUGGAGUGUGGAGAAGACCCUUGGAGUGUGGAGAAGACCCUUGGAGUGUGGAGAAGACCCUUGGAGUGUGGAGAAGACCCUUGGAGUGUGGAGAAGACCCUUGGAGUGUGCUGUGUCCCUGUUUUGAAACUGACAAGUGUGCACACACAUUAGCGCAGUGGAGCAACGCUCCUUGCCUGCUGUUUCUUUAAGCGAAGGCCCACAGGGGUUUUUCGGUCUUAGAAUUCAUUAGGUAGAACGCCCUGAGCAAAAAAUAUGCCCUGACAGAGCUAGAGCAGCAGGGGGGAUAGACACCUAAGAUUACUCAGUGUGUCUGAGAUGAGGGGUUCUAAUGACCAAUGUACAGUUUUGUUAUGACCGCUGCUCAUUUCAACAUUUGCUUACAUAAAAAAAUGCUGUUGUCCUAUGGUCUCUUCCUGCAACAGCUGCGGUCCACGAUCAAGUUGGAGGAAGGUGUCACCUCGACAAUGGACCUGUGUCGUUACCACGGCAACAAAGCUCUGGAGUCCAUCCAGUGUUUCCCUUCCUCUGAGG